GAAUGAAUGGGAUGAAUGGCAUAGCAUUGAAAAGCAUUGGUAGUACAGCCUAACAGCACUCGUUCAUACAUUGACUAAAAUGGCUGACUCUGUGAUGUAAACAGUGGACACAUUGGGACACCAUUUGGUCACCGAUUGGCCCACACAGCCAUACAACAUACCAGUGCCCAAACAAACACAACUAUGGACUAACACGACUGCCAACACAAAGCCAAUUGAUGCAACUCUUGCAGCCAUAAUAGAUUUAUGUCAUCACAAGAAUUCCUAUCAAACAGUUUCCUAACAAUAUUUGGUGCCAAAUAAGUGACACAUUAAUUAUUUUUGAAGACAACCAAAAUAAUAAUGCGUUCAACUAUUGGAAAGAGUUUAUCGUUUAAUAGCGAUAUACUAUUCAAUUAAAAAAAACAAUUAAAAGCCAAACAAAGAGCAAUGCUCUCAACGGACCGUAACUCGAAGUCAGUCUCUUGUGAUUCUCUAUUCUAUGAGAGAUCAUCACUGAAGAGAAAAUUAAUGUCGAGAAGUCCUUCGGGAACGGGCAGUAUAUCCUUCAAGAAUGAUGACUACAUGUAUUUAAUUAACUGUAAUGAACUCAUCAAAACUUGUAAGGAAGCGCUUCUGGAGAACGAAUCUACUGUUAUAAGCAAAUUUGCCGACAUAUCUGCCACUAACGGGAUGAACGAUGUCUCACAUGAAGAUUACAUUUCGGUUCAACAAACUCAAGAAUUGCAAACUAAGAGCUCUUUGGCCGAGUUUGUCAAAUGGUUAAGUUAUACGGAACACCAAUUGGAGACCAUAUGCUAUUGUGCCAACACUAGGAUUAAGUCCGACUGGAAAGACAUCGUAAGCCAUCACAAGGCGAUCCAAUCAGAGAUAGAGAGCGUUGGCCGUCGAUUCGUGAAUGAUAUUAAAGAUAACCACCAUUUUGGAAGUGUUGGCUCAACAAAGUUGACGACACUGUCUAAAGAGGAAAGACGUUGGCAUUCACUUUGGUUGCGAUCGUUAGAGUAUUUAAUGAUUCUUGAAGAGGGACCCCACUGUCCUCAACAUUACAACAUCAGUGGAGUUGAAGAUCCGUUGCCAUUGAAGCGCCAUAAGAAUAACGUAGGGAUCGUGUCCAACACCACCAACACUAACACCUCCAACGACAACAGCGUCCGAAUCCGCAAUAAAAGAGUACAAACAACUGUUGCAAUGGUUGGCCAAACCAAAGACGAACUGUUGGGCCGUAAUUGUAAUGAGAAGGUGGAGAUCAUCCAGAAAGACAUCGGAUACUCGUCUGAUGCUGAUAUGAGUGAUGCCGUUGAGGCUCAUCCGCACUCAGACGCAACCAACUCAGCCUCGCGGCCGACCCGUAAGCUUAGGCGCCGAAGAAAUAGACGAUUACCCCGAACCCGACCGUGGAGUUUCCAUUCAGACUGGACUGACUGGGAUUACUAUCAAACACCACUUCAUGGCGAUUAUGUGAGCUCUGAAGACAUUUACUAUGAAGACGACAAAACCAUCAAACAAUUGAUUGAAUUUGGAGAAAAUUACGAGACUUGGAUUACUAACGAUGACUUCGAUGAAAGUGAUCUCAUCAGAGUAUCAACUCCUGUAUUGUCUGAGCCAUACCCGGAAAAGGAGACAAAACAAGUGGAACAGCCAUCGUGUGAAUCAUCCUCGGAGACUGUGGCAGAACAUCCUAUGCCCACAAUAAAGACAACAAAGAGAUCAGCCGUGCGAUUGACAUUUAUGGCUGUUAUGUACGCAACUUUGGCUAUAUUUGCUUUGGCAUUCACUUUAACCAAUUACUCGCCACACAUCCAGAAGCUAUAUCGUCGGCCGCCACCCAUUUGAAUAGUACUCUUCGAUAGUAACAACAAUACUGAUGUCCCUAAAAAAUCGCAAAUGUAGGGAAAGGCGGAUUUAAACUAUGUUUAUAAUAUAUUUCUAUAAUAUAUAAUAAUAUAGAUGUGUAUACAUACACCUGUACUCUUUUAGGCAUUUAAUCCGAUUAUAUAAUGAAUUAUGGCUUGACUUAUGUAAAAGCAGAGGUUAUGCGAUAAAAAAAAGUUUUGUUAUAAUAUAAGGUCUAAAAUAUAAAGAAAGUAUAGUUUGCGGCGAAAAUAUACCCAAAAAAUCUGUGAUUUAUUUUUUAUUAGUGACUUUUCUUCUGCCAAACACUCACUGCCUGUUUUUUAUAACAGUUGUCUCCAAUCUUGUGUUUUAUAUGCAAUAAUAUAUGAUUUUUAAAAUAUAAAUAUUACAAACAUUAAGUAGAUAUUGAUUGAAUUGUUUUCAAGAUUAUAUGAAAUUACGAGUUUAUAGACUUUUGGCUCAACAAAACCUGUAAUUUUAGGUCAAGUGCUCACUGUUUUACACCUUUUCCCUUAUAUUAUUUGAGCGAUUAAUUAAUUCAAAAUAUAAAUAUUAUGAUUAUUAUGAUUAUUGUUUUCAUUAUGUUGUUCACAACAACAGCAAACAGUGUUUAUACACAAACAAAAAAAAACUAAUGAAUUAACUCAUUAUUUUUGUUUUGUUUGGUUGUUGUGUUUAAUUUCAACAAAUGAGUUGUAACUAUACCUCAAUAUUUAAUGCAUGAAUUGAAUGUAUAGUUUGUAAUGUAAAUUGACUGUAAUUUAGGUUAAGAGUAUAGUUCCCCUCAAUCUAUCUCUAUAUCUCUUGAUCUAAUUGUUUAGCGAUUGUAAAUCAUAUGUUAAGCCAAUUUCAAUCGGUAUCAAUACAUUUAUUAUAACAUUAAAAUAUUUAAUGGACUUAUUUAGCCCAUGUAUAUGUUGUGGUAGAUAUUACUAUAUGAUAUAUAAGCGCAUUAGCAGCCCAUGUCUUAGCUACUUCUUAUGGUAAUAUCACUUGAAAAUAAUAUGAUAACACAUAAUAUGAAUCAUUAAUAACACCAACCAUUGGAUUCAAUUACAGCCCAGAAAUUGUGUUUUAAUUUCCAAUUUAAGCGAACUUAAUGUUAGAAAUAAUCAAUUAAUAUAACUAUUUUUAAAUGAUUUCUCACAUUUGAGACAAUCCCAUGUCUUUAAAAAACCUAAAGCUUUUUUUAACGACAAUUAAAAUGUUAUUUUUUAUUUAUACUUAUAUUUUC